GACGACGACGACGACGACGAAGACGAAGAAGAAGAGCAGGACGAGGAGCGCGAGACACCACUCUCCGCCGCCAUGUUGAACAUCCGCUCCAUCCCCACGCAGAUGGACUACAAGGGUCAAAAAUUAGCAGAGCAGAUUUUUCAAGGAAUUAUUCUUGUCUCUGCAAUAAUUGGCUUCAUCUAUGGCUACAUCACUGAGCAGUUUGGAUGGACCGUCUACAUAGUUAUGGCUGGAUUUGCUUUAUCGUGUUUGCUAACACUCCCUCCGUGGCCUAUGUACCGUCGCAAUCCUCUGAAGUGGCUCCCUGUCCAAGAGUCAGGAACAGAAGAAAAGAAGCCAGCGGACAGAAAGCCAAAGAGACAUGCUAAAAGUUAAACCCCCUCCCUUCCUAGUUCUUUAUGCUGUUACUUUGUUAAAUUUUAAGUGCAUUUCCACUAAAUGAUACUUCUUG